AGCUUCAAGUUGUAACACUACAAAAUGUGGAAUAGCUGAAGGGGGGUGAAUACUUAUUCAAGGCACAGAAUAUCACUAUUCUACUCCAUUUCCUUGCUUUGUUGAAAGCUGUGUGGUUUUUAUUCCAUGUCUGCAAGACCUCCUGUUAAUGCCCCUCUGGUGUUCCGGCUCCACGAGAACGCUCCAGACGUGGUGCGCGAGGUGCUGCUGGAGCGCGGCUGGGAGGAGUUCGACCCUCAGGAGCAGGAGGAAGGAGACUGGAACCUGUACUGGCGCAGCUCGGCUUUUCGCAGCUCAGACUAUGAGAAUAUCUUGCCCUGGCAGAGGCUGAAUCAUCACCCUAAAACAGCGAUUAUCUCACGCAAGGACUGCCUGGCACGCAACCUGAGAAGAAUGAGAGGCACGUACGGCCCUGCACUUUAUGACUUCAGUCCCCUGGCCUUCAUCCUGCCGAACGAUUACACCAGGUUCCUGGAGGAGUACACAAAAAACAAAGGAAAGCGAGUGUACUGGAUCUGUAAGCCGGUGGAUCUCUCUCGAGGGAGGGGUAUCUUUAUCUUUAAGGAUAUCAAACACUUGAAUUAUGACUCGACAGUGAUCGUACAGAAAUAUAUAAGCAACCCGUUUCUGAUCUCAGGCUACAAAUUUGACCUGCGCAUCUAUGUGUGUGUGAAGAGUUUCCGUCCUCUUACGAUUUACAUGCACCAGGAGGGCUUGGUGCGUUUCGCGACUGAGAAAUACGACCUGGCAUCUCUAGACAACCUGUUCUCUCACCUCACAAACACAAGCAUCAACAAAUUCGGUUUAUUCUACACCACGGAUAAAGAGCGCAUAGGUCAGGGGUGUAAGUGGACCAUGAGUAAAUUCCGUAGCUUCCUUCGCAGCCAAGACAUCAGUGAAGCCCAGCUCUGGCAAAAGAUCAGCAACAUAGUGACACUGACUCUGCUCACGAUUGCUCCAUCCGUUCCUUCCAGUCCUAACUGUGUGGAGCUGUUUGGAUUUGAUAUCCUCAUCGAUUCCAACUUCAAGCCUUGGCUUUUAGAGGUCAACUGCAGUCCAGCACUUUCUUUGGACUGCCCUGUUGAUAUAAAGGUCAAAAAAGGUCUGAUAAAUGACCUCAUUGACUUGAUGAACUACAGGAAGAUCGACAGGCUGAGGCGAAGAGGAUGUCUUAGAAAAUGCUGCUUGCACACCAAGUGUUUAGUGCCAAAAAUUGCACGAGUUCUUCUCAUACCGAAAUCUGCGUAUGAAUACAAACAUCAGUCCAAGUGUUUAAAUCUUGAGAAGACAUCACGUUCAAAUUCAUAUCCAAAUCCAAAGACAGCAACCAAAAAAACGUUUGAAGUGCCACAUCAUCGGUCUGAAUUUGACACCACUGACUCAGACGACUGGGAACUCGUCUCACUUCCAAGCCCGGGGCAAAAUCCUAGACGCUCAUCGUCUAAUGCAUGCGCAUUACCUAAUAUUCACUUCCAUAAAUCCACACAAAAGCCCCCAAUGUUCUCAUGGGACCAGAGAACGCAUGACAGGACUGUACCACCUCAUCGUGUUGGGGAUUUCAUACUGACGUUUCCUUUCAACGAGGUCACACAGAAAGCCUCGCAGGACACGUUCGACGUCAGGACAAUAGUGCACGAGACGCAUAAGCUCAUGAGUCAGCUAACGUCCUCACGUGUCCACAGAGAGACGAGGAGGAGCAAUGAUGGAGGUGCUGUUAUCAAAAAUAAAUUCACCUCUAGAAACCCCUCCUCUUCUCAAUGACUACUGCUCAUCAAACUGACCAAACUUUGGAAGAAAAUAUUUUACUCAGGAUUAUGAAUGGCACCUCAUACUAUCUCUGUGCUGAACCCAGACUGUAAGGCUGAGAAUGUUGCACGUCCUUGGCUGAAUACUGAACCAGUCAGAGGUACGGGUCACGCUCUCAUGAAUAAUAAGCCAUGUGGUGCAACAUGAGUCUCAUCAUGACUAUGAUGUGAAAUUUAUUUACACAGAGUUGAAAAAGAGGACAGAGAGCUGUGUUCGAGGUUCAUGAUCCAUCCAAAAACAACAUAUGAGCAC